AAAAAUAUUUAUUAGACAAUGAUAUUCAACUAGAGACGUUUAGAUUAGAAAUUAAAAUGUUACAAAAAAUUGUUUUCUUAAGUGUUCUUGCUAUAGUUUUAGCUCAAAAAGUUAGAUAUGAUGACUAUACUCUAUACAAAGUUAUUCCUCGAGAUGAAAAUGGACUUUUAUAUUUGAAGAAAUUGUAUAAAACACCAGGUGGCUUAACUUUUUGGAGUGUGCCAAAUUUAAUUGGUAAUGAUGUUAGUGUUUUGGCAUCACCUGAUGCGAAGAAAGAUUUUGAAAAUUCCUUGGAGGAAAGAAAUGUUCAAAUAGAAGUGUUGUCAAGAAAUAUCCAAGAGGAUUUAGACGCAGAAACAACUAACAGACAUAAAAGAAGCACUAACAGAAAUGAAAUUUUCUUUGAUGAGUUUAAUACUGUUGAAGAUAUCAAUAAUUAUUUUGAAUUCUUAGCUGAUUCAUAUGACUUCGUCUCCACAUUUGUAGUUGGUUCAUCGUUUGAAGGAAGAAACAUAACCGGUCUAAGAAUAUCAAAAGGUAUAAGUAGAAGGGUAUUCAUCCUACAAGGAGGUGAAGUAGGUGCAGAUUGGUUGUCACCCACUCUUGUGGCGUAUUUAGCUGAUCAGCUUGUGAAAGGUGAAGACCCUGAGGCUUUAGCUGCCUCCCAGGACUUUGAGUGGCAUAUCAUACCUGUUGUUAAUCCUGAUGGAUUUGAAUAUUCUCAAAAUCAUGACAGACUAUGGGUCAAAAAUAGAAGAAUAGAUAACAGGAACCCUACCGGUGUUGAUUUAGUAAGAAACUGGAAUUCGCAUUGGGGAAUAUACGGCGGCAGCUUCGUCAACACAGAUGUGAAUUACAUAGGCCUUGGACCUUUUUCUGAGCCUGAAACCAGAUCAGUAUCGAAUUACAUCUUAUCUCUGGCCCCGAGGAUAACUGGUCUCUUAUCGUUCAGGUCGUUUGGUCAACGAUUCUUGAUACCGUUCGCGCAAACAGACGACCCUUUUUAUAAUUAUAAUGAAAUGGUAACCAUUUCAAGAAGAUCCCUAGGUUCGUUGGCUGUGAAGUACAACACUCAGUACCUGGCUGGUACUUCAAGACUCGUUGGAGAUGGUUCAACGGGCACUAUCGGUGACUGGGUGAAAUACCGAUUCAACCCACCAAUAGUUGGAACCUAUCUUUUGAGAGGCGCUUCAUACUUCCUUCCAAUAGCACAGGUAUUGCCUUCUUGCGAAGAAACCUUCGACUCUGUCAUGGCUAUAUUCAGAGAAGCCAGAUUCAUCGAUGUAUUGUAAAAUUAAUAAAAUGUUCUUGUAUAUAAAGCUAUUUAUUAACAAA